AUGCAAUGUGCACUAGACAACACUCUUCUCGAAAGCUCCGCAGACCACCAAGACACUCCUCAUGUCGACACUCUCGUAACCCUCGUACUCAGGAAACGCUCUCACCAGCGUUCUGAUAGUCUAGUGGCUAUAACACCGUCAGCAAUGGACGACUCCAGCUCUGCCGUGUCCAGUGAGCUGGACUAUGCCACCACUGACGAGCCAUCAAUGCAACACAGCGAGGAGCUCGUAGUGGAUGGAGACACGGCGCCUCUGACCCCUCAAUCGGAUGCGCAGAGGCUGGCGGCCCUCGUAAGGUUGAAGAUGACCACAGAUGAGCCUCUUCAAAGCUGUCUGUCGUCCUAUUCAGAGGAGAGUCACUGUGGACGUGAUCAAUCAUCCCCUACAAGCCCCCAAGGCAGUAUCGACUUGUCAAUGCACCCAUCCGACCUCACAUACAUUGACUCAAUCCUCGCCCAAGACGAGGCUCUCGAGGUAGAAGCCAUGGCGCGGUUGCAAAAAAGUCCUAUGUUGAGGUUGAGAAUGAGGAAGAGAGUAUUCUCAAUUUGCGUCGGAGGGUGGCGGGGAAAAGAUCGGAGUGUUGAGGAAUGA